CUGUCGCUACAAUCAUGGCGGCAGCCAACGAAGAAGAGAUUCUAGAAGGAUUCCUUUGCCCUAUUUGUAAAGCGGACUUAAAAUCCGCAAGCCAACUUACUAGCCACUUUGAAAGCCUCCACUCUGAAGACCAGGAUGUUUUAAGAUCAUUAAAAGACGUUUUCGGGAAGGCCAAGAAGAUAAUAUUAAAUAAAGAUGAUACGGAGUUAAAGGAAACGUUCGACCGUGCUUUAAAAUUUAACUAUCAAGAACAAUAUUAUUAUCCCGAUGAGGUGCAAAGUGUGGGUGUAAGUCGGAGCUCUACCGAAUAUUUAAAACGUGUGAGGUCAGCGAGACUGGAGCGCUACGCUACAGAGACAAAUAAACUGUUAAUCAGACUCGAUAAAUUAGUUUGUAACAUGCCUAGUGACCCUGGCCAGAGGAAAGUGUAUGAGCAGGAAAUUGUACCAUGGCUCGAUGGAUCAUCUGUAAAACUCUGCCCGAACUGUGCAAAGGCUUUCAAUUUGACUAGGAGGAAACAUCAUUGCCGGUUAUGCGGGUCCAUACUGUGUCAUGACUGCUCGCUUUUCUUAGAUAUUAAUAUAGCUAGAUCAAUAGUAGACCCAUCAGCCCCUCAACACUCGCGUUCAGAUCAAGACGCGACAGAAAAGACUGGUCUAAGACUGUGUGAGCACUGCUUUAAUCUCAUAGAGCUAAGGAAGCAGGUGCAGGAAAGUCGAAACGCGAAGACCGUAGUGGUUACGGCUUAUGAGCAAAUGAGGAGUUUGAAGGAACAGGCCUCGCCAGCAGUUAGUAUGUAUGAAAAGAUGUGUCAAAGCCUCUUCGACGGCGAGACGACGUACAACCUGUCGGAUGUAAACGCCAUGCGUGGACGUAUAGGGAAAUUAGCCGAGGGCAUUGACCUGUUGAGUAAACAGAUCGCGGCUUUUCCCGCUGAACCGGGGAGCCGUCAUGCUAAGCUGCAGAACGCUAUUAGGCAGGCUGCUGCUCAUUAUAUUAAGGUGGCGAUUUUAGAAGAAAACUUGAAAGAACUAAAGAAAGAAUAUCAGUUCCAAAAACUCUCAAACAAAUCCUAG